AUGCUGGCCGCUCUGGAGGGAGGGCCAAGGACAGGAAAAACUGCUCUGCUUGGGUGCAGGGAGACAGUGUCCGGCUUCCCCGCGGCCCUGGCUCUGUCCCUGUCUCACAGCCCUCCUUUUCCAGGCUGGAGCCUUGCCCUUUUGGGCCAGCAGUACCUGGACAUCCUGACCUCGUGGUACUGCAGCUUCCAGGCCUGCUGCGACAGCGGGGACUGCAGGAUCUCCAACAACUUCACAGGCCUGGAAUCUGACCUGAGUGUCCAGCUGCACGGCCAGCAUCUGGCCCGGGAGCUGGUCCUGAUGACAGUGAGGGGCUACUUAGAGCUGCCCCGGCCAGACAAGGCCCUGGCUCUGUCCUUCCACGGCUGGUCUGGCACAGGCAAGAACUUUGUGGCACGACUGCUGGCAGAGAACCUAUACCGGGAUGGGCUGAGGAGCGACUGUGUCAAGACAUUCAUCGCCACCUUACACUUUCCUCACCUGAAGUAUGUGGACCUGUACAAGGAGAAGCUAACGAGUCAGAUCAAGGAGACACAGAAGCGCUGCCGCCAGACCCUGUUCAUUUUCGAUGAGGCUGAGAAGCUCCAUCCGGGACUACUGGAGGCCCUCAGGCCACACCUGGAACGCCAGGCCCCCGAGAACCACAGGGUCGAGUCCCCAAAGACCAUCUUUCUUUUUCUCAGUAACCUUGGCGGCAACACCAUCAAUGAAGCUGUCCUGAGACUGCUUCAGGCCGGAGGCACCCGGGAAGAAAUCAGGCUGGAGCAGCUGGUGCCCCGGCUCCGGACCGAGAUCACGGAGUCCGCGGACACUGCCUUUGGCCACAGCUGCCUUGUCAAGGAAAACCUGAUUGACUUCCUCAUCCCCUUCCUGCCACUGGAGUACCGCCACGUGAGGCUGUGUGCGCGCGACGCCUUCCUGAGCCGGGGGCUCCCGUACACAGAAGAGGCGCUGGACCAAAUCGCCAAGAUGAUGGUGUAUAUCCCCAAGGAGGAGCAACUCUUCUCUUCUCAGGGCUGCAAAUCUGUUUCCCAGAGAAUUAACUAUUUCCUGCCUUGAGGCUAGAGGAAGACUUCGUGAAGCCGCCUACCUUCCACCAACAGGACCCUGGGGCCGGUCAGGGCACUGUCUGGACUACAAGGGCAGGAGGGACAGGCUGGCCUCCAGCCGUCACUCACACACAAAAGGUGUGUAAAAAAAGAAGGCCUUAAAUCAGAAACCAAGCCAACGCUUUACAUCACUUGGUGCCUUAAAGAGCCAUAACCCAAAAUGGGGGCCAGUGGUUGGAGAAAGCCACAUGCCAGAGGAGUCCCAGGGCCUCACUAACGUCUCCACUCUGGCCUGCAGUGGCCUGGCCUGGGCUGGGAGGCUGGAGGCCGCGGGCUCGCCGCUGACAGGGAAGGGAAAAUGCCACUCCACUUACCAGUGGCCGGGCCAUGCCGCAGGUCUGCAGGCUGGGGGGCUCAGCUUUCAUGUUGUUCCCAAAGGGAAGCCGAGCAGCUUCUGUCUGUGAGCAGACCAGCAAAGAGCCUCAGGCUGAAGGAAAAAAUACACAGAGGAAGAAUUUAUAUAAAAAUCACGUCAGUGGAGGUUAAGACUUGUUCUCUUAGAUUUAGAAGAAAAAUUUAAGUGAGGGGCUUUGACAUGGCUGUGUCAUGUGUAAAGAUUAAAAGUUUGUAUUUUUCUAAAA